UGUUUUCCAGUUACCAAAAAAAAAAGUUAAAAAAAAAAAAAAGUCUUCAACUUGUUUUUCUAGAGAGACAAAAGCACGGAGACGCUGAAGACAUGGAGCAACUAGCAAAACUCCUCCUGUGGCAGAUUUUGCUUCAGCAAAGUUCUGUUUAUUUAUAUUCAGUCCCAGCCGAUGCCUCAAACCCAGACAGCGUUGUGGUGUCGGUGUUAAACAUCAGUGCCGCGCUGGGCUCGCAGGCUGUCCUGCCCUGCAAGAGCCACCGCAUGGUGUGGACCCAGGACCGGCUGAACGACCGCCAGCGCGUGGUCCACUGGGACGUGUACAGCAACUACUACGGGGACAACAAGAUGGAGAGGCUGUGUGACAUGUACUCGGCUGGGGAUCAGCGUGUGUACAGCUCCUACAACCAAGGGAGGAUAUUCAUGCCCCAGAAUGCGUUUACAGACGGCAACUUCUCCUUGGUGAUCAAAGAUGUUGCGGAGAGUGAUGAAGGCACAUAUUCUUGUAAUCUUCACCAUCACUACUGCCACUUAUACGAAACUGUGAAAAUCCAACUGACAAUCACCAAGAAAGCUGAGGAUGCAAGCGAGUACUGGGAUGGGGAAAAGCCUGUGAUCGUUGCCCUACAAGGCAGCACAGUGAUGCUCCCCUGUGUGAACCGUAACCACAUCUGGACUGAACGGCACAGUGAAGAGGAACAGCAAGUGGUGCACUGGGACAGGCAGCCCCCAGGGGUUCCUCACGACCGGGCUGACCGCCUCAUUGAUCUGUACGCCUCUGGUGAGCGCCGUUCCUACGGACCCCUCUUCAUCCGUCAGAAGAUGAACAUCACUGACACAGCCUUUGCCCUGGGUGACUUUUCCCUGCGGAUUUCACAGCUGGAAAGUGCAGAUGAAGGCACUUACUCCUGCCACCUGCACCAUCACUACUGUGGCCUGCACGAGCGCAGGAUCUACCGAGUCUUCGUGACGGAGCCAGUGAGAGAGAAGAAAGUGGUGAACCUCACAACUCAUAACAUCGCCCCAGCCAUAGAUCCAAAUGUUGUCAGGGGCCACAACGUAAUAAAUGUCAUCAUCCCUGAGAGCCGGGUGCACUUCUUCCAGCAGCUGGGCUACAUCCUGGCAACUCUGCUGCUCUUCGUUGUCGUCCUCAUCAUUGUUGUCCUCGUCACCCGCAAGCACCGACAGAGAGGUAAAGCCUGGAAAAGACCAGUCCUGUGGUGCUUAUAG